CACAUAUCGGGGAACGGGGGAGGCUGGCGGAAAGAAAUAGAUCUCCCGGCGGCGUCAGACGCGAACUCCUUGCCCUUGUUUGGUUCCAACCGAAACUGAGGUCGAGAGUCCUCACAGAGCUCGGGAUCAACCAAGAAACAGAGGAUUCCCCCCGUCGAAGCAUCGUUCGUGGGUCUACUAGCACCCAACUGUCUCAUGGCGUCCCUGGAGCAGGAUCCUCGUCACCGGCAAAUCCAAGGCCACCAUGUAUCAGUCGGUUCAGACGACGCUUCUCAGACUGGCAAAAGAAUAAAGGAAUGUCUUCCAGAGGAUAUCUGGCUUCAUAUAUGCUCCUUUCUGCCAAUGAAAGAUGCUGCGCGUUCUGCAUGUGUUUCUCGCGCGUUUCGAAGUUCAUGGAAGUACCGUCCCAACCUCAGUUUUUGUACGGAAACAAUGGGCUACAAUGAUUACAACAGCAAAGUUGGCCGUAUUCUGAGAAGCCACUCGGGGGCGUCGGUGUGAAGACACUCCACCUUGUAUUCUAUGGUCCUUAUGAUGGCGAUACCAAUGCUUUUCUCGAUAGUUGGCUCCAGACUGCCAUUGCACCGGGAAUAGAAGGACUCUCCCUCGUACUGUUGUCUUCAGAGAGCGUUCCAUUUUACAAAGAGCCUAAAUGCGAAAUCCCGUUCUCACUUUUAUCUGAUGGAUGUCGAAACUCCAUUCGUGAUCUAAAAUUCGUAGGUUGUGCCUUCCACCCUACUGUAGGCGGUUGCAUGAGAAGCCUGACGAAUCUGUCUCUGAGUUUUGUGCAUAUCACCGGAGAUGAGUUGGGAUUCCUUCUUUCCAGUUCUUUUAGUUUGGAGCAAUUGGAUCUCAGCUGCUGCAGCGAGAUAAUUUCAUUGAAGAUACCUUGCCUGCAGCAUCUCAUGUGCCUGAAGGUGUCCAAAUGUGACAUACUGCAAGUGAUCGAAAGCAAAGCUCCAAAUAUCUCCAGUUUUCACUUUAAUGGUGAUCAACAAGUACAACUAUUACUCGGAGAAUCAUUGCAACUGAAGAAGAUAACCAUAUCACAUUCAUGUGUUCUCCGUUAUGCACGGGUCAUGCUCCCAUCAACUAUACCAAACCUUGAAACUCUUACUAUAUAUUCGGUGCUUGAUGAGAUGGAUAGUCCGCCAAUGCUGCCAAGCAAAUUCGUCCACCUCAAAUAUUUGAAUAUUAAGAUACCGAGAUGGACCUUUCCUCCGGCCUGUGAUAUUCUCUUGUUCAUUUCUUUCCUUGACGCUUGUCCUUGCUUGGAGACCUUCCACCUACAUGCACCAUCGAGACGACGGGUGCCCGGUGAUUCGAUCUUUGAAGUUCCCUCACAUUUGGGGCGAAUUCCAGGACACUGCUAUGACAAUCUGAGGCAUGUGAGGAUCACUAGUUUCAGCUCCACAAAGCUCUUGGUUCAGCUCACAUGUCAUAUUCUGGAGCAUACACCAUCACUUGAGUGCCUCACACUGGACAUAACUCAUGGUUCGUCAAAUUGUUCCGACAGAAAAAUUGGCAAAUGCUAUGUGAGCAAGGACACUCUUGUGGAAGCCCCUAAAACGCUCGAGGCUAUACGGACUUACAUCGAGGGAAAAGUUCCCUCCACAGUCAAGUUAAAUGUCCUGAAGCCUUGCAAGCGAUGCCAUGAUGUUGACUAUAACUUCCUCCGUUGCUAAAUAUAAGUCUUUUUAAAGAUUCCACUAUGAAACUACAUACGGAUAUAUAUAGACAUAUUUUAGAGUGUAUAUUUACUCAUUUUGUUUAGUAUGUAGUCUCCUAUUGAAAUAUCUAAAAAGACUUAUAUUUAGGAACAGAUGGAGUAGGUGUCAUGCUAUCGUGAUUAUGGAAUGAACAGUUAUAGUAUAAUUUUUAGAUGGAUUGUCCUUUGUAAAAAUGUUGUGCAGAACCAUGGUCUGAAAAACGUCUCUCUUGUGCUUUGUUCAGUCUGUCCAGUCUGUUAGCCCUACAGUAUCAAACCUCUCGGUCUUGUUUCUUCCUUCUCCGGCAGAGUUCUAGGCUUUUAUUUGAGCCCAAACAUAUAUAGUGGCUAAAUAGAGUUAGUAGUAUCCCUAGAUAGUGUCCGGCAAUGAGAUUACUACCCUCUGAAAAUGAAAAGCUGGCCCAGAU